AUGGGGAAACUGAGGCCCGGAGUUCUUCGGGCUCGGAGACUAGAACAGCCGCGUCUGCCGGUCGGGCCAGGCCCAGCCAUGGAUUGCAAAGACAGACCAGCUUUUCCAGUCAAGAAGUUAAUACAAGCUCGCCUGCCUUUCAAGCGCCUGAGUCUUGUCCCUAAGGAGAGAUCAGAUGAUGGCUUAGAUGACGGAAGAAGCCCCCCGAGUGUGUUGCAGAAUAAAGCCCCUGACCCCGAUGACUCUCCGGACCCCUUGGAGAGCGACUGCCAUGAAGCUGCAGAGAUCAAACUGCGACCAGAACUUGUCAACGGCAAGGGCCCUUUAGAUAACUUCUUGAUCAGAUGCCGGAGCAACCCCAGCGUGCCCACUGUCCUCAUUGACCUGACAGAGGACUCAAGUGAGCAGGCAGACAGCCCCAUGGACCUCAUUGAGCACAGUCCCAAAGCCUCGCCACCCCGGGCAGCGCUUAACGGGUUGCAGGAGGAAGGCCAAGGUGAAGGCCAGGACAAGUUGGCGUCUCCAGAAGGGCCCCUCCCUGACCUGCCCUUCCCUGCACAGGAGCCUGACUCCCGGGACAGCAAGAGGCCUGCAGACAGGCUGGAGGGCUGCCCCAAACUGACAGCUGGCCAGAGCACAUGCCCCCAAAGGGGACAGCAGCCAGGUUGGAGGCAGGCAGGGGGCAUCCUGUUCCAAGGGAAGGUGCCCGUGGUGGUCUUGCAGGAUAUCCUGGUGACCGGAGUGCCCUGGGCGAACGAGGGGCUGGGUUCUUGUCCCGAAGAAGACUCUGUCCUCAGCCACUCCUCUCUGAGUUCGAGCUCUACUGUCAGUUCCCCCGAGGGGCCACCUGCUUCUAGGAGACCCUGUAUCGGUGGCCCCUGCCCUGCCCCCACACCUACCGGCAGAAUGACCAAGAAAUGCAUCAAAGACUCGACAGAGAAGCACCAGCUCAGACUGCAAAGAGACCAAGAGCGCCUUGGCAAGCAGCUGAGGUUACAAGCAGAGAAGGAGGAGAAGGAGAAGCUGAAAGAGGAGGCCAGGAGGGCCCGGGAAGAGGCCAGAAAGAAGAAGGAGGAGGCGAAAGAGCUCAAGGAGAAGGAGAGGAAGGAGCGGAGGGAGAAGGAGGAGAAAGAGAAGGCCGAGAAGCAGCGGCUAAAAGAGGAGAAGCGCAAGGAGAGGCAGGAGGCGCUUGAGGCGAAACUUGAGGAGAAAAGGAAAAAGGAGGAGGAGAAACGGUUAAAAGAAGAAGAAAAGCGAAUCAAAGCUGAGAAGGCUGAGAUCACCCGAUUCUUCCAGAAACCAAAGAUCCCACAAGCCCCCAGGACGCUGGCUGGCUCCUGUGGCAAGUUUGCCCCGUUUGAGAUUAAGGAGCACAUGGUCCUCGCCCCGCUGAGCCGCACGGCCUUCACCGAGGGCCUCUGUGAGCAGCUCGACAUGGCCCUCCAGCAGCAGAGUGGCGGCACCUCCUUCCUGCAGGAGCUGAAAGGCCGGCAGCCCCUCAGAUCCGGGCCCACCAUCAUUGGCAGCCGGGAUUCCAGCAUCUUCAAUAGUGACGUGGUGAUCGUGGAGAGCGGCGAGGCAGGCGGUGUCCCCGAGCGCAGGAAGUUUGGCCGGCUGAAGCUCCUGCAGUUCUCUGAGAACCACCGGCCGGCGUACUGGGGCACAUGGAACAAGAAGACAGUGGUCGUCCGUCCCCGGAGCCCUUGGGCCCAGGACAGGAAGCUUCUGGACUACGAGGUGGAUAGUGAUGAAGAGUGGGAGGAGGAGGAGCCUGGAGAGUCCCUGUCCCACAGUGAAGGGGAUGAUGAUGAUGAGCCAGGAGAGGACGAGGAUGAUGACGAUGGCUUCUUUGUGCCCCACGGGUACCUGUCGGAGGAUGAGGGCGUGACGGAGGAGUGUGCCGACCCUGAGAACCACAAGGUCCGCCAGAAGCUGAAAGCCAAGGAGUGGGACGAGUUUUUGGCCAAGGGGAAGCAGCGCUUCCACGUGCUGCAGCCCGUGAAGAUUGGUUGUGUGUGGGCGGACGCUGAGGCAGGCUCUGCUGACCUCAAGGUGCUGCAGCAGUUUGCCGUCUGCCUGCUAGACACCGGGACCCCCGAGGAAGAGCAGACACCCACAGCCUCCAAGCGGGAGAGGCGAGACCAGCAGAUCCUGGCCCAUCUGCUGCCGCUGCUACAUGGGAACGUGAACGGGAGCAAGGUGAUCAUCCGGGAGUUCCAGGAGCACUGCCGCCAGGGCCUGCUGGGCAGGGAGGCCACCAGCCCCCCGAGCCCCAGCCACCCACAGACCCCCACGGCCAGCGAGGAGGCCAUCAUCCCCUCCAAGACACAGCUGAAGCGACUCAUCUCUGAGAACUCGGUGUACGAGAAGCGGCCGGACUUCCGCAUGUGCUGGUAUGUCCACCCUCAGGUGCUCCGGAGUUUCGCCCAGGAGCACCUGCCCGUACCCUGCCAGUGGACCUACAUCACCACAGGGCCCACUCCUGCCACCACCACAGCCACUGCCACAGCCACAGCCACAGCUACUACCCGGGAGGACGAGGGCCAUCCUGCUGCUGCAGGGCCCAGCCUGGCUCCACCGCCCCCACCGCCACCCCCACCCCCACUGAAGAGGAAGUCGGCAGGCAGCAUGUGCAUCACGCAGUUCAUGAAGAAGCGCAGGCACGACGGGCAGGUUGGAGCUGGGGACAUGGAUGGCUUCCAGGCGGACACGGAGGAGGAUGAGGAAGAGGAGGGUGACUGUGUGAUGGUGGACAUCCAAGAAGAUGGGGAGAUUGAGGGUGAGUGUGGCGCCCCCUCAGGAGCUGCAGGCUCGCUGCACGUGGACCCCGUGAGUGAGCUGCUGCUGUCCUGAGCAGCCUCGGCAGGGAGGGCGUCUUAGGCGCACAUUGGAUACUUGAAGAUACUGGCAACCCCACGACAGAGCACUUUGUCUGCUUGGCAGCCCUCUGGGAGCCGGGCUCACACAGGAUGCUGGACUCAUUCUCUGCUCUCUGUAAAAAUUGCCCCCAAAGCUGCCUUUUAACCUGUCUGUCCCUAGUGAAGCGUUACUGCAGUUGGCCAUGGCCCAGGGCAGGGGCCGAGGACCAGUGUUUAUUAAUGAAUUGGUAAUCUGCAGGCCGACCGCCCAGCGGGCAUAUGUGAUAUGGGCACCUUGGUGUCACUGGGGGGAAGUGUAUAAAUGGAUUCUCUAGCCCCAA